CAGCCAUGGGGACAACUUUCGAGCUUUGUGUGGCUGUCAGCCUAUUCAUAGUGGUCAGUGGAUCAUGCCCAGUGGGGCGGGAGUUCAUUACUGCCUUUAUGCCUAACUAUUUGCUGAGCUACCAUGAUGAUCAGAGUCUUCAACUGGCCAUAACCACACAGGAUUAUCCAGCCAUUGUUCAAAUUCAGGUCAAUGCAAUCGGUUUCUCCACCUCAGUGAAAAUAGAUAAACAGAACACCAAAUGGAUCGCCAUACCUGGUAACGCUGAAAUUGGGGGUCCAGGAGCUUCCACCAAAACAGUGCAGGUCACCUCCAACUCUGACAUCUCAGUAGUGGCCUUCAACUACAAGUUCUCAACCGGAGACAGCAGUGUGGUCUAUCCAACUGACCAGCUGGGUACUGACUAUGUGGUCUUCACCCCCGAUGAGGGCCCAAGCAACAUGCACAAGCUUAUGUCUAUUGUCAAUGGCAAAGAGCCCAACAAGAUCACAAUCAUCCCUGUCUCCAACAUAAAUCUCAGUGGCGUGGAUUCCUGGAAGCAAAGACAGGCGGUGAUUGUUACCAUGGACCCAUACCAGGUCUACCUCUACCAAAGCUACACCACUUUCACUGGGACCAGGGUCAAAGCCAAGUUCCCUGUGGCGGUCCUGGGGGGACACGAGUGCGUUGCAGAUGGAGGCCGCUGCAAUCACGUCUACGAACAACUGCUACCAGUACAGAGCCUCUCCACCAAUUACCUGGUUCCUUCCAUGCACAUGUCCAAUUCAACAGACUUUGUAAACAUUGUGGCCUCAGAGGACAACACUCUAGUGAAGAUCUUUGAGGGAAAGGUAUCCACUGCUAAAGAGCUGAAAGCGGGGCAGGCGUAUGUGGUUUCUGUCCAACCCAAAUAUCCGCUGAUCAUCAAAAGUGAUAAGAAGGUCAUGGUGAUGUACUUCAGCAACAACAAGCCCUACGAUCCGUUCCUCACCAACAUCCUCCCAACGUCUGAUCUGGCCAACGAGUGGUCGGUGGACACGCAGAGCAAAUUCGAGAGCACAUUGGUCAUUGUCUCCGAGAGGGAAGGGAUCAACACCGUUAAAGUCUGUGAGAAAAAUACAUGUGUGAAAUCUCUCCAAUGGACAUUAUUCAACUCAGACCCUAAGUACAUGUGGGUAAAUAUUCCAUUGGGAGAGCAGCAACAGCAUUUCUCCAUCAAAGGCGACUCCCUCAUGGCUGUUUACGUUUAUGGUGGCAUGCCAAGAGACGGCUAUGCUACAACAGGAGUAUGUUCCAAAGGCACUGCCCCACCCACUCUACCACCAGACCCCUGUGAGAAAGUCAAAUGCAGAGAAAAAGAAGAAUGUACAAAGGGGGUUUGUGUCCACAUCUCCAAAGCAACAUGCAGGGCUGUGGGGGACCCCCACUACCUCACCUUUGAUGGGGAGCGGUUUGACUUCCAGGGCACCUGCUCUUACAUCAUGGCCACGGUUGUUAAAUCUGAACCUGGUCUCAUCCCGUUCACUGUCCUGACCAAGAACAACCACAGAGGGAACAAGAGGGUGUCUUUCGUGAGGAAAGUCUCAGUCACGGUCUAUGGGCUGACUGUUGUGAUCAGCACGCAUAAAGGGAAGGUUGAGGUGAAUGGUGAGAAUGUCUACCUGCCUGUGACCCUGGCCGGAGGAAACCUAACGGUGGUGUAUAGUGGCAGCUAUGCUGUUCUGAAGACAAACUUUGGCCUGAAGGUUAUGUACGACUGGAACAUGAAGUUCUACAUCACUGUCCCCAGCAGCUACUUCCGCACCCUGGGUGGACUCUGUGGGAACUACAACGGGGAUCACAACGACGAGUUCACUAACCCCAAAGGUAACAAGGAACCCACAGUGGUGAAGUUUGCCCAGAGCUGGAGAACUGAAGAUGGUGACUUGUUCUGUCAUGAUGACUGCCAAGGGGAAUGUCCUAUCUGCACUCCGGCUCUCCAACAGAAAUACAAGGGAGAAAAGUUAUGUGGUCUCUUGGCCAAAAAAGAUGGCCCAUUCGCAAGCUGCCACAAGGUCCUGGACCCAGGCGUGUUCAUGGACAACUGUGUCUAUGACGUCUGCAUCAAUAAAGGCAUCUAUCAGUUCCUCUGUGAGAACAUGAAAAGCUACAAUGAUGCCUGCUUGGCUGAGGGGGUCAAAAUUAGCCCUGAGUGGAGGACAAUCACUGCAUGCCCACUGGAAUGUCCAUCAAACAGCUACUACGAGGCAUGUGGCACAGCUUGCCCUGCAUCUUGUUCAGAUCUAGAUGCCGAAGCAAAGUGCAAGGAACCCUGUGUGGAGACCUGUCAAUGCAACAAGGGCUUUGUCCUCAGUGGAGACAAAUGCAUCUCCAAGGAGAGCUGUGGCUGCUCUUAUGAAGGACGAUACUACCCCUCUGGAAUGAAGUUCUGGGAAGAUGUCAAAUGCACAAAGCAGUGUGAAUGCAAUCCAGGAACAGCCAAGGUUGAAUGCAAAGCAACAGCAUGCAAGAAAUCAGAGGUGUGUGGCCUGCAGAGUGGUAAGAGAGAUUGUUACCCAACAUCUUAUGCCACCUGCCAAGGUUCAGGCGACCCCCACUACCGCACGUUUGAUGGCAAGAGGUUCAACUUCCAGGGAACGUGUACUUACGUUCUCUCCAAAUUGGUCAGCAAAGACGACAGAUCUCUGGCACCUUUUGAGGUGCUUGUAAAGAAUCAGAAUAGGGGGAGGAACAUGGCAGUGUCUUACACAAAGACAGUCACCAUCACUGUCUUCAGAAACAUCAUCAUCAUGAGUAGGGACAACCCUGGCAAAGUAUUGGUCAACAACCAGUAUGUGAACUUGCCAUUUGAUGUAGAAGACGGCCAACUGUCCAUCUUCCGCAGUGGGUAUUUUGGGGUGGUGAAGACCAAAUUUGGCCUGACACUGAAGUUCAACUGGAACAGCCACGUCUCCCUAACCCUCCCCAGCUCCUACUCAGACCUCAUCGGAGGGCUCUGCGGAAACUGGAAUGGCCAACGGAACGACAAUCUCCUCAAACCAGACAGGAGCCCUGCUAACACCCCAACAGUAUUCGGGGACAGCUGGAAAGUGGGGAACGACCCUGGCUGCUCCAGCGACUGUGAUGGCAAGAAGUGCCCCACCUGUGACCACAGCCUGAUGCUUGAUUACCAAACAGGGAAAUAUUGUGGCAGGAUCACAGACAAAAAUGGUCCGUUCAAGUACUGCCACGCCAAGGUGGACCCCAGAGAGUACUAUGAGGACUGUGUGUUUGAUUUGUGUAUGUACCGUGGCCAUGCCUCUGCCCUCUGUAACGCCCUCAGCACCUACACCACCGCCUGCCAGGAUGCCACUGCCAAGGUGGAACAGUGGAGGUCGGACAGCUUCUGUCCGUCUUCCUGUAAGACCAACAGCCACUAUGAGGUGUGUGCCUCAGGCUGCCCCCAGACCUGCAGCGGCCUCGAUGAGCCUGAGAGCUGUGGGAACUCCCUGUGCACUGAGGGAUGUGUCUGUGACGAAGGGUUCAUACUGAGCGACAGCGAGUGUGUGCUGCUGGCUGAAUGUGGCUGCGUUCACCAAGGCCAGUACUACCAGAUGGGCCAGGUGUUCUUCCCCAACGGCCAGUGCAAAGAGCGCUGUGUGUGUAACAAGGAUGGAGACGUGGAGUGUAAUGUAAAGUUUGCCUGCGGUCCCAGUGAGAAGUGCCAGGUCCAAGACGGGGUGCAGGCCUGUGUACCCAUGAGCACAGGCACCUGCCAUGUGAGCGGGGCCAGGAGAUUCCACUCGUUCGAUGGCAGCUGCUUCGGCCUACACGGGGACUGUGUGUACAAAAUGUCAGAGGUUGUGGAGAAAGACGGAUCGAUGGCUCCAUUUGUUGUAUCAGUGCAGCAGUUGACCAAGAUGGAUGAUGCAAUGGUCACCAGGAGGGUUGACAUACAGGCCUACAAAUACAAGAUAUCUAUGUCUCCCAGAGUUAUAUGGGAAAUAAUGGUGGAUGAUGUUGCAACAAAUCUCCCACUGUCACUCGGAGAUGGAAAGGUCAGGGCCUACCAGAACGGCAUUAACAUCGUCGUGGUAACAGACUUUGGCUUGAUGGUGACCUACGACACCGUUGCUGGCGCCAUCAUACAGCUUCCAUCCAUUUACAAAGGUGUUACCGGUGGUCUCUGUGGCAACUAUAAUGACAAGAAGGAGGAUGACUUCCUGCUGCCCAGUGGGUUGCAGGAGCCGUCUGUGGAGAAGUUUGCAGCGGGGUGGUUGGUGGUUCAGGAAGGGGUCAAAUGUCAGACAGGAUGUGACGGUGGCUUGAAGUGUCCUCCCACCAGUGGACCCCCACCGGCUUGUAGCAUCAUGAAGUCAACCAAGGGUCCAUUUGCCCAAUGCCAUGCUGUUGUGCCACCACAAGAGCACUUUGAGGAGUGCAUGAAGGAGGGAGAGGGUGGGGAUGCCCUGUGCCGCCACUUACAGACAUAUGUGACUUUCUGUCAGGUAUCCGGUGGCCUUGUCAGCAGCUGGAGAUCUGACCAGUUUUGUCCUCUGACGUGUCCAGCUAACAGUCACUAUGAGUUGUGUGCCGACACCUGUUCUUCUACCUGUUACUCUCUCAGCGAGUCUCCAAAAUGCCCACUAUGCCAGGAGGGCUGCCAGUGUGACGAUGGCUUUGUGUUUGAUGGUGGAAAGUGUGUCCUACUGGAGAACUGUGGCUGUGUGGUUGAUGGACACUAUUACAAGACUGGCCAGUCUGUGAUCCUGGGAAACUGUUCUGAGACCUGCAGCUGUGCCGCAGGAGUGUUCACCUGCAAGAACUCACAGUGCAAAGAGGGUCAGAAAUGUGGGAUGAAGAAUGGAGUCAUGGACUGCUACAGCAUAGACCCCUGUGAGGACACUGAGUGCCGUGAGAAAGAAAACUGUGUGGUGAUGAACAAUAAGGCGAUAUGUGUGGCCCAGUCCAAGGCCACCUGCAGGGCUGUGGGGGACCCCCACUACCUCACCUUUGAUGGGGAGCGGUUUGACUUCCAGGGCACCUGCUCUUACGUCAUGGCCACGGUUGUUAAAUCUGAACCUGGUCUCAUCCCGUUCACUGUCUCGACCAAGAACAACCACAGAGGGAACAAGAGGGUGUCUUUCGUGAGGAAAGUCUCAGUCACGGUCUAUGGGCUGACUGUUGUGAUCAGCACGCAUAAAGGGAAGGUUGAGGUGAAUGGUGAGAAUGUCUACCUGCCUGUGACCCUGGCCGGAGGAAACCUAACGGUGGUGUAUAGUGGCAGCUAUGCUGUUCUGAAGACAAACUUUGGCCUGAAGGUUAUGUACGACUGGAACAUGAAGUUCUACAUCACUGUCCCCAGCAGCUACUUCCGCACCCUGGGUGGGCUCUGUGGGAACUACAACGGGGAUCACAAUGACGAGUUCACUAACCCCAAAGGUAACAAGGAACCCACAGUGGUGAAGUUUGCCCAGAGCUGGAGAACUGAAGAUGGCGACUUGUUCUGUCAUGAUGACUGCCAAGGGGAAUGUCCUAUCUGCACUCCGGCUCUCCAACAGAAAUACAAGGGAGAAAAGUUAUGUGGUCUCUUGGCCAAAAAAGAUGGCCCAUUCGCAAGCUGCCACAAGGUCCUGGACCCAGGCGUGUUCAUGGACAACUGUGUCUAUGACGUCUGCAUCAAUAAAGGCAUCUAUCAGUUCCUCUGUGAGAACAUGAAAAGUUACAAUGAUGCCUGCUUGGCUGAGGGGGUCAAAAUUAGCCCUGAGUGGAGGACAAUCACUGCAUGCCCACUGGAAUGUCCAUCAAACAGCUACUACGAGGCGUGUGGCACAGCUUGCCCUGCAUCUUGUUCAGAUCUAGAUGCCGAAGCAAAGUGCAAGGAACCCUGUGUGGAGACCUGUCAAUGCAACAAGGGCUUUGUCCUCAGUGGAGACAAAUGCAUCUCCAAGGAGAGCUGUGGCUGCUCUUAUGAAGGACGAUACUACCCCUCUGGAAUGAAGUUCUGGGAAGAUGACAAAUGCACAAAGCAGUGUGAAUGUAAUCCAGGAACAGCCAAGGUUGAAUGCAAAGCAACAGCAUGCAAGAAAUCAGAGGUGUGUGGCCUGCAGAGUGGUAAGAGAGAUUGUUACCCAACAUCUUAUGCCACCUGCCAAGGUUCAGGCGACCCCCACUACCGCACGUUUGAUGGCAAGAGGUUCAACUUCCAGGGAACGUGUACUUACGUUCUCUCCAAAUUGGUCAGCAAAGACGACAGAUCUCUGGCACCUUUUGAGGUGCUUGUAAAGAAUCAGAAUAGGGGGAGGAACAUGGCAGUGUCUUACACAAAGACAGUCACCAUCACUGUCUUCAGAAACAUCAUCAUCAUGAGUAGGGACAACCCUGGCAAAGUAUUGGUCAACAACCAGUAUGUGAACUUGCCAUUUGAUGUAGAAGACGGCCAACUGUCCAUCUUCCGCAGUGGGUAUUUUGGGGUGGUGAAGACCAAAUUUGGCCUGACACUGAAGUUCAACUGGAACAGCCACGUCUCCCUAACCCUCCCCAGCUCCUACUCAGACCUCAUCGGUGGGCUCUGCGGAAACUGGAAUGGCCAACGGAACGACAAUCUCCUCAAACCAGACAGGAGCCCUGCUAACACCCCAACAGUAUUUGGGGACAGCUGGAAAGUGGGGAACGACCCUGGCUGCUCCAGCGACUGUGACGGCAAGAAGUGCCCCACCUGUGACCACAGCCUGAUGCUUGAUUACCAAACAGGGAAAUAUUGUGGCAGGAUCACAGACAAAAAUGGUCCGUUCAAGUACUGCCACGCCAAGGUGGACCCCAGAGAGUACUAUGAGGACUGUGUGUUUGAUUUGUGUAUGUACCGUGGCCAUGCCUCUGCCCUCUGUAACGCCCUCAGCACCUACACCACCGCCUGCCAGGAUGCCACUGCCAAGGUGGAACAGUGGAGGUCGGACAGCUUCUGUCCGUCUUCCUGUAAGACCAACAGCCACUAUGAGGUGUGUGCCUCAGGCUGCCCCCAGACCUGCAGCGGCCUCGAUGAGCCUGAGAGCUGUGGGAACUCCCUGUGCACUGAGGGAUGUGUCUGUGACGAAGGGUUCAUACUGAGCGACAGCGAGUGUGUGCUGCUGGCUGAAUGUGGCUGCGUUCACCAAGGCCAGUACUACCAGAUGGGCCAGGUGUUCUUCCCCAACGGCCAGUGCAAAGAGCGCUUGUGUGUAACAAGGAUGGAGACGUGGAGUGUAAUGUAAAGU